AUGUCCUUCACAGCGGGCAGUGGUGCCUUUGGCAACUACGACCUCUCCGCGCAGACAGGCGGCAUGCCCAUCAACAGGACAACGUCUCACGAACAGAGCGGCGACGAUACCUCGGCGGCCCCUGCACCUCGCUCGCGCCGCCCGUCAACCAAGACCACCCCAAACAAUGACACCACCACCACCCUGAACGAGAACGAAAAGACCACCUCCACCAACGACAUGGAAACAACAGCCGCCAAGGCCGACGCCGGCAACGAGAAGACCGCCAGCUCAUCAAGCGAGACCGACGAUGACGAGGUAGCUGAGGCUCGCCGGUCCAGCAUGGUCCAAAACCUGGCGAGGCAGUACACCAACAAGUCCCAUGCCUCGGGCAUCACCGGCGCAAACCCCUUCGCUGAGCACGCAAACGACCCGGAGAGUCCUCUUAACCCCAAUGGCGACAAGUUUAACGCCCGAGCCUGGGCCAGGAACGUCGUGGAGCUAGUCUCUAGCGAGGGGCACGGCUUCCGCACCAGCGGCAUUGCUUUCCAGAACCUCAAUGUCUUCGGUUACGGCGCUGGUACCGACUACCAAAAGGACGUUGCUAACAUCUUGCUGGACGUCGCCGGUAUGGUGCGUGGUGUAUUGGGUGGUGCCAGGAAGAAUAGGAUCGACAUCCUGCAGAAAUUCGACGGUGUUGUGCACAAGGGAGAGAUGCUCGUGGUGCUGGGCCCCCCUGGAUCUGGAUGCAGUACCUUCCUGAAGACUAUCUCGGGCGAGAUGAACGGCAUAUACGUUGAGGACUCUUCCUACUUCAACUACCAGGGUGUCUCCGCAAAGGAAAUGCACAAGCAUCACCGUGGCGAGGCGAUUUACACUGCUGAAGUCGACGUUCAUUUCCCCAUGUUGACCGUCGGCGACACCCUAACUUUCGCAUCAAGAGCACGUGCGCCCCGCGAGCUGCCAGGCGGCAUACCGAAGCAUCUCUUCACCAACCACGUCCGGGAUGUCGUCAUGGCCAUGUUUGGUAUUUCUCAUACCAUCAACACUCGUGUCGGAAACGAGUACGUCCGCGGUGUGUCUGGUGGAGAGAGGAAGCGUGUGACCAUCUCUGAAGCAGCGCUUUCAGGAGCGCCUUUGCAAUGCUGGGAUAACUCGACUCGAGGCCUUGACUCCGCAAACGCUAUCGAGUUCUGCAAGACUCUGAGGCUCCAGUCCGAGCUCUUCGGCAGCACUGCGUGCGUCUCCAUCUACCAGGCCCCACAGACUGCCUACGAUCUGUUUGACAAGGCAGUCGUCCUUUACGAGGGCCGUCAAAUCUUCUUUGGUCCCGCCGGCGAAGCACGACAGUACUUCAUUAACUUGGGCUUCGACUGUCCCCCACGGCAGACAACUCCUGACUUCUUGACUUCCAUGACGAGCCCUCUGGAACGUAUUGUGCGCCCUGGAUUCGAGGACAAGGCGCCCAGGACGCCUGACGAGUUCGCCGCCCGCUGGAGGGAGAGCGUCGAGUACAAGAGGCUGCAGGACGAGAUCGAGGAGUACAAGGUUUCUCACCCACUUGACGGCCCCGAUGCUCAACAUUUCCGCGCCCAUAAGCGUGCGCAGCAGUCAAAGAGACAACGCCCCAAGUCACCAUACACCCUAGACUACUGGCAGCAGGUGGAGCUGUGUCUGUGGCGUGGUUGGAAACGACUGAGUGGUGACCCCGGUCUGACCAUUGGCAUGUUGAUCGGCAACUUCAUCAUGGCUUUGAUCAUUGCCAGCGUCUUCUACAACCUCCAGAUGACGACUUCCAGCUUCUUCCAACGUGGUGCUCUCUUAUUCUUCGCAUGUCUCAUGAACGCUUUCGCUUCCGCUCUCGAGAUCUUGACAUUGUACGCACAGCGACCAAUUGUCGAGAAACACGCCCGGUAUGCCAUGUACCACCCAUCGGCCGAAGCCAUCUCGUCGAUGAUGUGCGAUCUACCUUACAAGGUUUUGAACUCCAUCAUAUUCAACCUCGCGUUGUAUUUCAUGACAAACCUACGACGCGAGCCAGGACCAUUCUUCUUCUUCCUGCUGAUCUGUUUCGUCACAACGCUGGCCAUGUCUAUGAUCUUCCGAACCAUUGCGUCCUCGUCACGAACCCUCUCACAAGCCAUGGUGCCAGCCGCCCUCAUUAUCCUGGACUUGGUCAUCUUCAGCGGUUUCGUCAUUCCAAUCGAUUAUAUGCUGGAUUGGUGUCGUUGGUUGAACUACCUCGACCCACUGGCUUAUGCUUUCGAAGCUUUGAUGGUGAACGAGUUCCACAACCGCGACUACACUUGCACGCAAUACGUACCGACCCCCGAGAUUCCCAUAUACGCGAACGUGGGAGAAUCGAAUCGUGUCUGCUCCGCCAUUGGUUCCAAGCUGAAUCAGACUUUUGUGAACGGUGACGAUUACAUCAACACUGGAUUCAGGUACUACGCAUCUAAUAAGUGGCGCAACUUCGGGAUCGUGAUUGCUUUCACGGCCUUCUUCCUCCUCACCUAUAUGAUCGCUGCCGAGCUUGUCUCCGAGAAGAAGUCCAAGGGCGAAGUGCUUGUCUUCCGCCGCGGCCACAAGCCUGCGGCCUUCAAGGAGCAGAAGGACGAUCCCGAAGGAGGCAAGACUAUCGGGUCAGCUCCCAUCGUCGCCCGCCACGACCCGAGCGACUCAGAUAAGGAGGCCGGUUUCAUCGAACGACAAACCAGCGUGUUUCACUGGAAGGAUGUGUGCUACGAGGUCAAGAUCAAGAGCGAAACCAGGCAGAUUCUGGACCAUGUGGACGGUUGGGUCAAGCCUGGCACACUGACGGCUCUGAUGGGAGUUUCGGGUGCCGGUAAGACAACACUUCUCGACUGCUUGGCCGAUCGAACCUCGAUGGGUGUCAUUACCGGCGAGAUGCUUGUCGAUGGGCACCCUCGCGACAAUUCCUUCCAGCGCAAGACUGGCUAUGUCCAGCAACAGGAUCUCCAUCUCCAGACAACCACCGUUCGCGAAGCCCUCAACUUCAGCGCUCUGCUUCGCCAACCUGCUCAUGUACCUCGUGAAGAGAAACUCGCCUAUGUUGAUGAGGUCAUUAAGCUCCUGGACAUGCACGAGUACGCAGAUGCUGUUGUCGGUGUCCCUGGCGAAGGUCUCAACGUCGAACAGCGAAAGCGGUUGACCAUCGGCGUGGAGCUUGCGGCAAAGCCCCCACUGCUGCUGUUUGUUGACGAACCUACCUCUGGUCUUGACUCUCAAACCUCCUGGGCCAUCUUGGAUCUGCUGGAGAAGCUUACCAAGAGCGGUCAAGCUAUUCUCUGCACAAUCCACCAGCCUUCUGCUAUGCUCUUCCAGCGCUUUGAUCGGCUCCUAUUCCUUCAGAGGGGUGGCAAGACCGUCUAUUUCGGCGAGAUCGGCGAGAACUCCAAGACCAUGACUUCGUACUUUGAGCGCAACGGCGCACAUGCUUGUCCACCCGAAGCUAACCCGGCUGAAUGGAUGCUGGAGGCUAUUGGUGCUGCUCCGGGCUCGCACACUGAUGUUGACUGGUUCAAGACCUGGAAGGAAAGCCCCGAAUGUGCCGACGUGCACAAGGAGUUGCAGCGACUUGUGGUUGAGGGUGACAAAACCGACGCAGCAUCCAGCCCGGUUCACGACAAAACCAGCUACCGCGAGUUCGCGGCGCCCUUCGGCAAGCAGCUUCAAGAGGUCGUCCUUCGUGUCUUCCAGCAGUACUGGCGCACUCCGUCCUAUAUCUACUCCAAGGCGGCGCUGUGUACUGGUAUCUCUCUCUUCAUCGGUCUUGUCUUCCUCAACGCCCCGAACACUGUUCAGGGUCUGCAGAACCAGAUGUUCGCCAUCUUCAACAUCCUUACCAUUUUCGGCCAGCUCACCCAACAGCAAAUGCCUCACUUCGUUGUCCAACGUUCCCUCUACGAAGUUCGCGAGCGGCCCUCCAAGGUCUACAGUUGGAAGGUUUUCAUGCUCUCACAGAUUAUAGUGGAGCUGCCGUGGAACUCUUUGAUGGCUGUUAUCAUGUUCGUCUGCUGGUACUAUCCCGUCGGUCUCUACCGCAACGCCGAGGCCGCAGACCAGGUUCACGAGCGCGGCGCCCUCGUUUUCCUGUUCCUUCUGGCCUUUAUGUUGUUCACUUCGACCUUCACGGACCUGGUGAUCGCAGGCUUUGAGACUGCCGAGGCAGGCGGCAACAUCGCCAACUUGCUGUUCAUGCUGUGCCUGAUCUUCUGCGGUGUCCUCGCCAACCCGAAAUCGUUCCCCCGCUUCUGGAUCUUCAUGUACCGCGUGUCGCCUUUCUCGUAUUUAGUAGGCGGGAUGUUGUCGGCGUCGGUGGCCAACACGUUCGUCGAGUGUGCGUCCAACGAGCUUCUCUCUCUGCAGCCCAUCGACGGCCAGACCUGCUACCAAUACCUCGAGCCUUACAUGAGCGUCGCCGGCGGCUAUCUCGUUCAGCCCAACGCCACCGCCGACUGCAGCUUCUGCCCCACCUCCGACACCAACACCUUCCUCGCCAACGUGGGUACAUACUACUCAGAGCGCUGGAGGAACUUUGGCAUCCUCUGGGCGUACAUCAUCUUCAAUAUCUUCGCCGCCCUCGGCGUUUACUACCUCGCUCGUGUGCCCAAGGGAAAGAAGGUGGAGAAGGCUAAGAAGGAGUAA